AUGGCGCCCAGCGUCAACCCUGGACGAGUACGCUGGGUCGAUCGCCCAAUCCGUCCUAUUAGCCUGCGCCAGCUGUUUUUCUUUGGUCGUACCUUGGAUGAGAGCCGUCUCCUCAGUUCUGCCAACUAUGUUCGAGUGGAAUUACCCACGAGGCUGGCCCAUCGCCUGCGGGAAAUGCAACGGCUCCCUUAUGUGGUGGUUACGAAUCCUCACCUAUCCCUGGUAUAUGAAUUAUACUACAAAUCCUUCGAGAUCUUCCGCCGUAUCCCUGCGAUUCGGAAUCUGGAGGAGAACGACGAAUUUUGCAAGGUUAUAAGUGACAGUUUGAAAGAGCAUUUGGCCGUCAUACCAAAUCUAGUGAUGGGCGUCCUCGAAUGCCAGGAUCUGGUAUCGCCGGACAAGAUGGACAACUUUGUGCAGGCCAUGCUCCGGGCCCGUAUUUCCCGGCGAGUUAUUGCUGAACAACAUCUUGCACUGACCGAAACCUUCAACUCUCCCUGGCACGUGCCUCAGCCAAGCUCUGAGGAUGAGUUCGUGGGCGAAGUCCUUUUGCGAUGCAAUGCGAAAGAAGUCGUCGAACGGGUCGGUCGGUUCACCCAGGACAUCUGCAGAUCGUCUGGUGGCGUUGAUCCUAUCGUCCCAGAAAUUCGGAUCCAGGGCCACGUCAACGCCACGUUCCCUUACGUGUUGAGUCAUCUUGAAUACGUCGUUGGGGAACUUCUGCGGAAUUCGGUGCAAGCAGUCAUGGGCAGAUACAAAGACACAAAGAAGCCCCCACCACCUAUUGAUGUUUUGAUCUGCGAGGCACCUCAACAUGUGGUAAUCCGCAUUUCUGACCAAGGCGGGGGUAUUCCACGCGACAUAAUGCCCUUCUUGUGGUCUUUCUGUAAAGGACCCAGGAGAGCUUCGCGUCUGCAGAACUUCAAAGAUGUCCCGACACUUGCAGCCACAAUGCAAGAAGUCCGCCAUGCCAGCCAUGCAAAGCCCAGUGCGAAGAUCAGAGACUCAUCCCUCAGUAGUCUAGCAUCGAGACCCCCUGACCUCAGGCUGGGGAUGGGCCUACCCAUGAGCCGAGUCUAUGCAGAAUACUGGGCGGGUGGUCUCGACUUACACAGUCUGGAAGGCUACGGCGUCGACGCGUUCUUGCAGAUCUCGAAGUUGGGAAACCAGAACGAGAAACUUACAUCACGGGCGAGUAUCGAUGCAGUAUGA